CGUCUGUUCCCAAUCCACAUUGACAGCCCCCAACUCCAUACAAUAGAAGUUUCGGGCCGGCCUCCGCCACUAACUCAUGCCACUCUAUUUCGAAACAGCCAGUCACCCCAAUAGCCCUGUCAAUAUGAGAUGAAGUCAUUUCUCAGUGCCCUUCUCCCAUAUUACCCAACACAGAACUUAACUCAUGCACCUAUUGCAUGACAUGUACGACCCCUUCCAAGCCGGGAUCCGAGAAGGAAGGAAGCUUGGACAUCGUCAUCGCCGAGUUCACCAUGCCGCCCCUGGUCGUGCCUGACUUGGCGGGCAUUUCCAUCUCUUCUUCUUUGUCUGUUGUUGUUAUUGUUGUGCAUUGUUCUCUUCGAAGUGGCUUCAAUUGGCGUGCGUGAAGCUUUUGAGUCGCUAUGUUGAUGCCCUCGACUCUUUCCGCAGCGGCGGCUGCGCUGAUGCUCGCUGCCACCGCACACGGCGAUAACUUUACAAUUAUCAAUGGCCAAAUCUUUACACCUGGACUGGCGAUCGUAGACGCGCCCCAGCCCAACACGCCUCUCGGCGGUGAAAUCCUCCAAGUCGCCAUCGACGUCUCCGGCAACGGCAAGCUUGGCCUCCCCCCCUACUCCGACUCCGCCCCCAGCCAACUGCACGCCCUAACCCUCUUCCUAACCUCCUACACCACGGGCCUCAACCUCACCAUCGCCAACGGCACCGCCCUCCCCGCCACCUCCUCCAACAGCCCCGACGGCAUCGUCAUGACCCAAGAGCCCGGCAGCACCGUCAAGCACGUGAACUGGCUCUGGCCCGCCUGUCUUUCCGGCGACGGUCAGCCCAAGGCCACCGGUCUCGUGAGCGACGGGGGGAGCGCGAGGGGAGCGUAUAAUAUCUCGAUUCACCAGAGCUUUAGGCUUAAUGAUACGGAGUAUUAUACUGUUUUCAACCUGCCUAUUGCGGUGACGAAUCGCAUUUCGGAGAGCGCGAAUCAGUCGUCUUGUGAGAGUCUGACGAAUCUGCUGCUGGGGUGGGGGGAGGUUGUGGGGGAGACGGUGGUGUUGACGCCGGAUCAGUAUCCGUGGACGGAUGGGAGUGGGGUGCAGGUUUCUGUGCCCAGUGGUGAUGGGAGCGACAACGGUGGGAGCAGUGAUGGGAGUGAUAAGGGUGAUGGAAUUGGUGGGAGCAAGCCGGAUGCUAAUGCGGGUGAUGGGCUUGGAGGGGGUGCGGGGAUGGUGGCUAUGGAUGGGAGGUUGACUGUUUUGGCGGUUAUUUUCGCCUUGGGCUUGGUGGCUAUGUAG